UUCAUUUCUAAAGCAGUUGAUGAUAUUUAUGCAUGUAGAUGUGGCACAUGUUCAAAAACUUGAAAAUGCUAUAGAAAGAGAGAAAGAUGAAGUAUUGGUAAAAGAGGAUGUCAUCAUGGCAUGUUUAUUGUGUCAUGAGCAGAGGAUGAAACUCAUCUAUGGAAGGAGCAUUGGGCUGCCGCUGGUUCCACCAUCAGGACUUUGUGAACUUGAACUUUCUUCAUGCAGUAUUAAUUACAGAUGGAGCUUUAGCUGUUUGCCUUGAUGGCCUGGCGUCAUUCAAAAGAUUGGUCUUGGUGGAGAUUAUGACUUUAACUACACUUCCUUCAGAAGAGGUCCUCCAACAUUUGACAAAACUUGACUCUUUGUUCAUCGGAGAUAGCUGGUGUCUCAGGUCAUUAGGGGGCUUACGAGCUGCUACCUCCCUUUCAGAAGUUGGACUGGGAUCCUGCCCUUGUUUAGAGUUGGCACGCGGAGCAGAAUGCUUCCCAUUAUCCCUUAGGAGCCUCAGUAUAUACAACUGCGUCCUUGCAGCUGACUUCCUUUGUACUGACUGGCCACAAGUGAACUAUAUUAGCAUAAACAAUUGCAGAAGCCCCGCAAGCUUGUCUAUUGGUAGCCUCACCUCUGUUCGUGCACUCAUUUUGUAUCACUUGCCAGAUUUAUGUACGCUUCAAGGAUUGUCUAGCCAGGAAUUUGAUUUGGUACAUUUGGUUGAUGUUCCGAAACUCAUCCCUGAGUGUAUCUCACAGUUUCGAGUCAACCACAUACUCCAAGUUAGCAGUUCUGCACUACUCAACAACAUACUCUCAGCUGAAGGUUCCACAGUUCCACCAUCUCUCUCUCUUGACGAAUGCAAGGAACCAUUCAUUUCAUUAGACGAAUCCGUAAAUUUCACAUCUGUCAGGACCCUGUCAUUCCGUGACUGUCAAAUGAAUUCCCUGCCAACAAAUCUGAAGCGCUUCCCCAAUCUGAGGAAUCUCUUGAUCACUUGCUGCCGCAACAUAUCAUGUUUACCGGAUCUGCCGCCGUCCCUCCAACAAAUAUGCAUAUGGGAUUGCAGUGAGCUGUUGAAGGAGAGCUGCCGAGCACCUGAUGGAGAAAGUUGGCCAAAGAUCGCGCAUAUCCGCUGGAAGAACAUUAGAUGAAGUGUUAUUCAAAUUCCCAUCUGCAAAUAAACGGAAAGCAGGCCAUAAAGGAAAUUCAACCAAGUGACGAGUUCGCUCCAGGCUCCAGAAUCUGUUACAAGGUGGAGCACUCCAGGCUGGCUCGUCGUACAGUUCGACUCUGUCUCCUGCUUCACCGCCCGGUUCUGAUCCCCUGGGAUUAUCCUCCUGCUUUGCUGAUUGGCUCAUUCAUUGCCCUCUCGCACUCUACCACCUACUGUCCUCUAAUCCCACAAUCACUGACGGUGGCUUUUGUAAUCGCGUUGUUGGUUAUGUUUUUCUUCAGGCUAUUAUCCAUUCACUGGACAAUUG